AUUGAUUUAUCUAAUCGAUUGAAAUUUUGGCUAACAAUGCAUUAUUUAUGGAGCUUGUAUGUCGCGCUAAAAAAUAAAAUUUAAUCUCCGCCUUUAACUCAAAUUUUGUAUACGUGAGGUCAUAUACGUGAGCGCGAAAUAACUAUGCUUGGUUUAUUUAACGCGUUGGUCAUGGGGGAUAAAUGGUACACAUUGUCAACAUCGAUACAUAUUCUCACUGCUUUCGUUAGAUGCACCAGACACGGAAGGGUCUUCUGCAACGCCUAGUACGUCCUUAAACUUCGAAGAUGCCGAAAGUUUGCCCGUCAAUGUGUUACGCGACUGCCAAGAAAUCUCUGUGACCGCAGCCCCUACCAACCACGCUGAAGGUAAACGAACUUUUUAUUACAAUUCGUGAUAUUUCUUUCUUUUUUUGAGAGUAGCCUUCUCUAGUUGGUGGUUUGCAUCACACACUGAAGAAAAAAGGUAAAGAAUCUUACAUGUAUUUUCCUCCCACAGAUACUGUGUGUAUACAGUCAGAGAGUGAUAUCACGAACAGUUUCACUGAAGAACAGCAGACGAAGAAAAUUCAUCACUACAUUCUCUGCAAAAAGCGUGACUGCUUGGGUGUGUCUCAAGAAGAAAGAGCACGCAUCAAAACAACCAAAAAGAAGCAGAUGUUUAAUCACAGCCUUAUCUUUAAUAAGGAUUUGGCCUAUAGCCCUAAAGUACAGAUGUGGUGGCUCGUUUACAUCGAAGGAGAAGGUCAAUACUGUCUGAUCUGCAAGAAGUUUGAUUCCAAGAAUCCCCAAAACAAAAAGGAAUUUUUUUCUGCAGAACCAAGCACAAGGUUAAAGAAAGAUUGCCUCGAGGAGCACAUUGCAACAAAGAGACACAAAGAUGCAAUCACUGCCAUUCUUAUGAACAGGUUCUCAGUUUUCCAGAAAGAGCUCGAUCAUAAUGCUGAAGUUCAGGUUGAUGUGUAUGAAAGAGUUUUCUAUUGCUUUUACUGGUUGGCAAAGGAGGAUAUAGCAAAUGUCAAGGUUAAGAGUCUGUUAAAGUUGGUUGCGAAGCUGGGGUGUGAUAUGAGUGGCUUUAAUCACACAUCAGUAGGUUCCUUUCGCAACAUGUUGCUUCUUCUUGGUGAAAUGAUUCAAAAUGAAGUCAUUUCUGCUGUAACUGGGCCAUUUGGGGUGAUGGUUGAUGACAUGACUGACAUUGCAAAUUUGGAGCAAAUGAUUGGUUUCAUCCAGUAUUAUAACAGGGGUAGCGAAAAGGUUGAGGUGAAAUUUUUGUGUUUGGAAAAUGUUCUCGCCAGCUCUGACGCAGCAGAUUCUUUAACCAUCACAAGCAUCCUUCUGGAAGUCAUUGAGAAACACAGUCUCAAUUUUGACUGGUUUAAA